GCAGAGAACGAAACGUUGACCAAUUGACCGGGUGCACGAUAUCAUUUGCGAGCGAUCACCUACCAGGCUAUCACUCAGUUAGCAAUGGAUUCUCCGUCGCCGGCGGCGGCGAAGGACGUAAAAGCGAUAGUCUCAUUAUACUCCAACUAUAUCUGGACCCGACUUCGUAGCUUCUUGCCGGCUACUUCAUCUACCUACAGCUCUAGCCUGCUCGCUGGAAUCUCAAAUCUCUAUGGCGGCGGCGCCGGAGGAGGCGGCGCCACUAAGCGCCGACGCAGAAAGACCUGCCUCCCCCUCCCUCUGCCUACCUCAGCCUCGGUCUCCUCUUCCUCCAUGACUGCAUCUGAAAAUUCCAGAAUUUUUAUCGUUUUGGAGAACAUUAUUGAACACACUUUCUUAAACUUGCAUUACAUCCAGAAGAACCUAGAAUUUUGGCAAUCUAAAGCCGAGGAAUCAAAUGCUCGAAAAGCAUACUUCAUGAUAUGUGGGAGAGGUCCAUGUGCAUUUUUUAAUGGCACAGUUCAACUGAUUCGUGAUUAUGUUAGUGAUGGUUCUGGGAAACAGCACACGUAUGGUCUGGCAUCCUCUUAUAUAUCUGAGAGAAUAAAUGUGUUGAGCAGUUUAAGAUACUGUUUGGCUACAUUUCUGGCUCAGAUCUACAUGGUGGUGGACACAGCUGGAUAUGAUUUAGUCAAUGACCCUGAGAAGUCAGUGUCAUUAUUAUUGGUGAAGAUCAAUGAUCUGUUUCUGCAAUUGGAGGCUUCUAUUGGAAAUUUCCAUGCUACAUGUCAGAAAGACUCUUCUGUAGAGGGAAGCUAUUCAGGUCCUCUAAUGUUUGAGAAACUUCCAGAAGUAAAUGAGGAUGGUUCUCGGUGGACAGAUAGUGAGGUUCAAGAUGCUAUCAACUUUAUUAACCAAAAUCUACAAAAAUUGGAGUCAUACUUAUCUACAAUAGUUAUGAAGCACAAGAGGCCAAGGAAAGUAACUCUUCACUGGAUGCGCUAUACGUGUGGGAUCGUUGGCAUCUCUAUCUGUUCUUUAUGGGUUCUCCGCCAUAGCCGUUUAAUGGGGAGUUCUGACAUUGACAAUUGGAUUUGUGAAGCAAAAGAAUCAACAAUUAGUUUUUGGAAUGAUCAUGUAGAGCAACCGCUUCUCUCGAUAAGAGAUGAUCUUUUCCAUACAUUCAGGAAGAGGCAGAAAGGCGCAAUGGAACCUGAAGAAGUACAGAUAACUGCUAACUCUCUACACAGAAUGUUGCGAGCUUUCACCGAGCAAACAAAAGGCACGAUGCUUCCAGAGAAUGCCACAGACAAUGAAAUGCUAGAAGUAGUAAUGGAAAGAUAUGAAAAAGAAGUGAUGCAUCCACUCCAAAAUCUUCUCUCCGGGGAGCUUGCCCGUGCUUUACUUAUCCAGGUCCAGAAGCUAAAACUCGACAUUGAGAGUGAGUUAAAUAGGCUAAUGCUG